AUGACACCAACGAAGACAUCGCUCGUCACCACAGAUGACACCGAAGACGAAGUCAUACAACAGCCAAAGAUUUACGCGAAGAACUCAUUCGAUCGCUUCGGCGAUGACUUGUGUGGACACAUACUGUCGUACCUUUCACUCGACGACCGCUUUGACUACGAAUGUGUGUCCAAACAGUUCCAGAGGACAGUCUUCGAGAGUGUUGUCGACAUCGCUCUUCACGACAAGUUUGUGAGAUCGCGGACUGACGUCAAUGACAUGAAAAUGUUGGCCACAAUUAGCCGCAAGUGUUCACACAUUCACACCAUUGAUAUAAGAAGAAUAGAUACGAAGAAAUUGCCGGAAGUGUUGACCAUAUUUCGGAACAAUUGUCGGCAUUUGCGGAACAUUUACUGCAUUUUGGACACAAAUACGGCUCAAAUGAUGCCAGAGUUCGGACCAAUGGUCACACAAAUCGACGGUAUUUGGUUAGACGAGAGACAAGUGCUUAAUGAUUGCCACCACUUGUCUCGACUCCGAUCUUCACUGUCCAACUGCUUCGACAAUACUUCCGGCAAAUUGUUGGUCAAGAAUUUGCAGAGAAUUGAGUUUUCAUACAAUAUAUCCAAUAAUAACCAACAGUUGUCUGCAUUCGUGGCACAGAAUCAGUCACUAAGAAGUGUUGAAUUCAUUGACAGUGGAUAUCAAACUCACGAGAGUCUGACCGAAAUGGCCGAACAGUUGUCACGAUUACCACAAUUACGGCAUUUGGAACUCGAUUUGAAGCCAACGAAUGGCCAGAACUCGUUGGACGAGUCUUUGCGGACAAUCGGCCAAAAAUGCCGACAAUUGAAACGAUUAACACUUAGAUUGAGUUAUAAUAAUAACUGCGGAUUAGAAGACCAAUCAUUGGAUUCGCUGAGAUCUUAUCCACGAUUAAAACGUUUGGAUUUAAUAAUACGUGUGAUUAUUGAUGACGUAUUUCUGGAUCCGAUGAAACACUGCCACCGAUUAACACAUUUAUCACUCAAUUCGAGUCAAAUGAGUGACAAUUUGUUUGUUAAUUGUGACAAACAUUGGCCGCGACUUCAAUACCUAUUCAUUAAAACUAAUGAUAUGACUGUCGAGUGUUUGGAUCACAUCUCAAGACUUCCAGCGCUGCAGACAUUAGCGUUUGAAUGCAAACAAUUCAUUGGCUCUGCGAUUACUCGUAACCUUUUGACCAAUAAUUUCAUGGAUAAUGUCUGCGAAGACCUGUUGACCAAAAGUCUUAAGCUGAAGACCAUUGAAAUCCGUAGAAAUACUGUCUCAAAGAUUUAUUGUCGUAAAAAUGGUAUAAAUAUCUGA